AUGGUCAAGGACACGAAAUUCUACGAGACUCUGGGCGUUGCUCCCGAUGCAUCAGAGUCCCAGCUCAAGUCGGCAUACCGCAAGGGCGCUCUCAAGUACCACCCUGACAAGAACCCCUCACCAGAAGCCGCCGAAAAGUUCAAGGAACUCUCACACGCAUACGAAAUCCUUGCCGACUCAGAAAAGCGCCAACUUUACGAUCAAUAUGGUGAAGAGGGACUUGAGCAAGGCGGCAUGGGCGGUGGCAUGAACGCAGAAGACCUCUUCUCGCAAUUCUUCGGCGGCGGCGGCGGCUUUGGUGGCAUGUUCGGCGGCGGCAUGCGUGAAACCGGCCCCAAGAAGGCUCGCACCAUCCAUCACGUCCACAAGGUCUCUCUUGAGGACAUGUACAAGGGCAAGAUUUCCAAGCUCGCCUUGCAAAAGUCCGUCAUGUGCCCUAAGUGUGACGGUCGCGGCGGCAAGGAGGGCGCUGUCAAGACCUGCACAGGCUGUAACGGUCAGGGUAUGAAGAUGAUGAUGCGCCAGAUGGGCCCCAUGAUCCAGCGCUUCCAAACCGUCUGCCCCGACUGCAAUGGAGAAGGCGAGAUCAUCCGCGAGAAGGACCGCUGCAAGCAGUGUCACGGAAAGAAGACCACUGUUGAGCGCAAGGUCCUCCACGUUCACGUUGACAAGGGUGUUCAGAGUGGUACCAAGAUCGACUUCCGUGGAGAAGGUGACCAGAUGCCUGGUGUCGAGCCCGGUGAUGUUCAAUUCGAGAUCGAGCAGAAGCCCCACGCUCGCUUCCAGCGCAAGGGCGACGACCUUUUCUAUCAGGCUGAGAUCGAUCUUUUGACUGCUCUCGCUGGUGGUGCCAUUUACAUCGAGCACCUUGACGAGAGGUGGCUCACUGUUGAGAUCAAGCCUGGCGAGGUCAUCUCUCCUGGCGAAAUCAAGGUUAUCAGAGGUCAAGGUAUGCCCUCAUACAGACAUCACGACUUCGGCAACCUCUACAUCCAGUUCGACGUCAAGUUCCCCGAGGUCCUGCCCGGUCCCGAUGGCGGCGCCAUGACCGACGAGCAGAAGGCCGCUCUUGAGAGCGUUCUGCCCCCUCGCUCGCCCCAGAAUGUUCCUCCACAAGACGCCAUGACCGAAGACUUCACGCUCGACAAGGUUGAUCCCAGCCGUGAAUCGGCCCGCGCACAACGCGCCGCCAUGGGCGAGGACGACGAUGAGGAGAUGCACGCAGGUGGGGAGAGAGUACAAUGCGCCUCGCAGUAA